AAAUUCCUUUUGACUUUUCAAACUAAACAUCUUUAGUUGUCCUGGACCCAUCUGAUUGGACUUGGAUUACCGGUUUCAAGCUUUUUUUUCUUUUGUCUUUGGUCGGGUAGAAAACCAAACCGUGAGACCAAGGCUCCAAAACUCCUUCGAACUUCCCUAAGAAGUAAAAAACAUUACGCCAUCCUUUCCGUCCCUUGCUCUUAAACCUAUUUUGUGACCUUCUCCCAUGGCGGUCAUCAGCCGCAUUUUACGGUUCAGGCCGAUCACAUCUUGCUAUUAUUCCGUUUCUCGAACCUUCUCCUCUGUUGUAAGAUCCGAAACUGACCUCACGGCGGCUUCUCUGCUCGCCCAGAAUAAGCCUUUGUCGCUACGACGAGAACCUAGGGGCGAGAGUGUUCAGUGGGUUUUCCUUGGCUGUCCCGGCGUUGGCAAAGGAACCUACGCCUCUCGGCUCUCCAAUCUUCUACAUGUUCCUCAUAUUGCUACCGGCGAUCUCGUCCGUGAGGAGCUUUCUUCCUCGGGACCCCUCGCCUCUCAGCUUGCAGAUAUUGUUAACCAAGGGAAAUUGGUAUCUGAUGAAAUUAUAAUAAAUUUACUGUCUAGGCGUCUUGAAGCUGGUGAAGCAAAGGGUGAAUCGGGAUUUAUCCUUGAUGGUUUCCCUCGGACCAUAAGACAAGCUGAAAUAUUAGAGGGAGUUACGAACAUUGACUUAGUGAUUAAUUUAAAGCUUCGGGAAGAAGCAUUGCUUGCAAAAUGCCUUGGAAGACGGAUUUGUAGUGAGUGUGGAGGAAACUAUAAUGUUGCGUGUAUUGACAUUAAGGAUGGGAAUGGGAGCCCUGGUAUGUAUAUGGCGCCACUUCUCCCCCCUCCACAUUGUGCAUCAAAGCUUAUCACACGGUCUGAUGAUACCGAAGUUGUUGUCAAGGAACGUCUCCGUAUAUACAAUGAGAUGAGUCAACCUGUGGAGGAGUUCUACCGCAUUCGUGGGAAGUUGCUAGAGUUUGAGCUUCCUGGAGGAAUCCCAGAAUCAUGGCCGAAGCUACUUCAGGCUCUGAAUCUUGAAGACCAUGAGGACAAACGGUCUGCAGCAGCAUGAGGUCUUAAUAUAACAUAGAACAUUCGUAUGGUAGGUCAUUCUUUAAGCAUGCAAGAUGUGCGUUCAUAUUAUAUUAUAUUGAAAAGAAAGGGAAACAACACAAAUGUGCAAUAAUUACACACUUAAGCUAUGUAUGAGUAAGCUCUUAUCUCGGGGUUCAGGGGGGUGUAAAAUGGCUUGGCAUUGGUUGGGGAGCAAGGAGGCAUAGUAUUGUUGAUAAUGUUAUUUGGUGCUUUCGCAGUUUGGCCAGUUUUGACUUAUAAAUGAACGUUAUUGCCAUUUGGUUUUUUUGUUUAUGUCAAUAUGUCUUGCUUGUGCACUUGUGUUACGAGA